AUAUUAGAUAUGACGUCAUUCAGAGAUAACACGUUGAUUGGCUAACUGAGAGAGAGCUAUCUGGAUAUGGGUGCAUAAUUAAUUAGGAAAAGACCUUACCCUACCGGAGGCACAGUUCUCACGGCAAAUCUAGACCCCGUAAGGCCAGGGGAUUUCAUGGAUAUACCAAACUAACUCAUGAUGGAUUGGCGAAGAGUUUACAGCAUGCCGUAAUCAACCUAAAAUGCCUAUAAAGUGGAUAUAGGCGUGUGAAAAUCACUUCUUCUCGGCCAAGAAUCUAUCGAUUCGAUCAUAGAUUUGAGAAUGAGCACCCGUCGACCAUCUUUACCCCCAAUGCCGGACCUGAGCCAUUUAUCUGAGGAGGAGAGGGCAAUCAUAGAGGGAGUAAUUCAACGCCAGAAAGAAGAGGAAGAUAAGGAACAAGAGAUUUUACGGUCUCUUCAAGAUGACUUCAACAAGUUUCAGGAGAACAUCAAAAAGAAUGCCGAAGAUCUAUCACAGUUUGGCUCGAACCUCGGCGCUGUCUGUGAAAUAUGUCACAAAACAAAGUUCGCAGAUGGAGUGGGUCACAAGUGCCAUUACUGUAGCCAACGAUCAUGUGCCAGAUGCGGUGGGAAAAUCAAUCCAAAAACCAACAAGGCUGUAACCUAUACCACUCGUGAAAUACCUGGAACAACAAUUGUGUGGGCCUGUAACUUAUGCCGCAAGAAACAAGAACUGCUUAUUAAGACCGGCCAGUGGUACCAUGGGGGCCAGGCCAAGCCAGUAAACAUGGAUAAUUUAGACAAAGUUGGGUCAGGAUCGGAUACAAUGUCUGUCACUUCUACCCACUCUCAGCAGACUUCCCCAACAUCAUCUGACAGCCGCAUGCCCCAGAAUGGUGGGGGUGAGGGCUCAAUGGGGAAGCUGUAUGGGAACUUAACAGAUAGUGGGGCGAGUAGUGAGAAAGAAAAUAUGGGCCAUAAUAGGCAAGAUCAUAGGAGGGAGCCCCACACAGGAAGUGUUCAUGGCAAAGAAUUUAAGCGCCAGUAUUCUUUAAGUGAAAUGAGUGCCCAAAAUGAAAGAACUUCAGAUCCUAGGAAUUUAGACCAUGAUCAUGACAGGGGAAGACCCCCAGAUAGAGGAAUACGUGAUAGGAAAUCACCAUCAGAGCCUAGGAGGCGCGAUAUACCGAUAGGUGCCCAUGGGCGGGGUGACCGUGACAGGUCAUCAACCCGCUAUGAUGCCCCUCCCUAUGAUAGUGAACAAUACCCAGACCAAAGAUACCAUGACCCCAGUGAUCCAAGAUCAAGAGACUCUUCAAGGUCACAUGACAUGUCACAUGAUCGUCAUCACCAUGGUGACCCAAGAUAUGGUGGAGACGGUAGUGAAAGAGAUGAAAGAAGACACGAUGACCCUAGGUAUCGAGAUAACAGAGAAGAUAGGCAGUCAGAUAGAUACAGAGAACGAGAAGCUGAAAUAGAUAGAAGAUAUAGGGAAGAUAGGCCAUUGGAUAGAAGGAGAGAAGGUCACAGCUCUCAGGAGCGAUUAUUUGAGGAAUCAGAUGGACGUAGGAGCAGGGAUAGCUCUGUACGUCGUCGUGCAGGAAGGGACCCUGACCGCCCUCAGGAAAAUAAAGAGGGUGAUAUUUAUAAAAGAGGUCAUUAUAGGGAACCUGGCAAUGUGGAAUCUCACAGGCCACCAAAUGGUGAAAGGGGUGGAGUUGGGGAAAAACCUAGUGGAUACAAUACGAGACAUGUCACCUCAAAGCCUCCCUUAUCACCUAAAAAUCAAAAAAUUAAAGAUGCUGAAGAUCACCGGAUGGAAACAAGGGAUAAUUUAGGAGAUUUAGAUAGUGUACCUGAUUCAGUACGUAGACAACACUUAGACCCUAGUUCUGCAGUGAAUCCUUCAAAUGCUACGAAAACACGUCGUAAAGUGGAUAUGCUGAGGAAUGAUUCCCUCAGUUCUGAUCCAUCUGACUGUGUUAGACCCCCUCCCCCUAAACCACAUAAACAUAAAAAAGGCAAAACUAAGUUACGCCAGUUGAGUUUUAGUAGUUCAGAAGAUGAGAUCCAAUCUACUCCUGAUUGCACUAGUUGUGAAGACCAAGAAAUUGAGAGUGAGAGUGUCAGUGAAAAAGGGGAGCUAGAAACUGGAACAACUGAAAACAAUCAAUUGUCUGAAGCUAAACGAAAAAUGGUUCGGUUCGGUUGCGGGGAGGGUCGCUCAAUGGAAGAAGAUACCGGCUGGUCCGAACCAACAGUCAAAGAUUCAGGCAUUGACACAGGGUUGUCAAGUAGCAACCAAACUCUGAAUGAUGAUUGGUUGAAGCACCCUGUUACCUGGCAACCAAGUGCAGAUGGAACAAAAUUAAUAGGUCACAUGAUACUUAAAAAGGGAAUCCCGGAUGCAAAAGACCCAUCUGUUGCAAACAGAGGUGGUACUCUAGAUGAAAAACCAGGUGCAUAUGAUAUUAUAAAAAGCUUGAAGGUCAUUGGUGGAAAGCCCACAGAGAAUGGACAACUAGGGGCCUUCAUUACAAAGGUUAAAAAGGGAAGCAUUGCUGAUUCAGUUGGACAUCUUAGACCAGGUGAUGAGGUUCUUGAAUGGAACGGAAGAUCACUACAGGGUGCAUCAUUUGAGGAGGUCUACGACAUUAUUCUUGAAUCCAAACAGGAGCCACAGGUGGAACUGAUUGUACAACGAGAUAUUGGGAAAGAUUUGCAGCCUGGUAUGACUGAUCACCCAGAUAACAACAGAGAGCUUGACAUAAAUCGUAAGCAUCCUAGAUCAGGGAGAUCAGAUCGGCCAAGCGUAACCGUGACAUCACCAGGAUCUCCAGGUCCAGGAAAGACAAGAGCUCACUCUCCGAAUGUGGCGGGCAAACUGCAGGUGAAGUUAUGCUAUGAUGGACCAAACUACCAGCUUAUCGUCACAAUAUUACGUGCAGAAGAUCUUCCACACCUACACCCGCAUCAACCUAGCAAUCUGUUCUGUAAACUAUAUCUGCUACCAGACAGAAGCGAGAAGAGUCGCAGGAAAACGAAGGGCAUAUCUGAGACCACUAACCCCAGGUGGCACCAGUCCUUCAUCUACUCACCCAUCAAUAAUAACGAGCUGUUACAACGCAUCCUUGAAAUAACCGUCUGGAAUUAUGAUCGCAACUUGGGCGGGGAAUACCUGGGAGAGGUGGUGAUAGAUCUAUCCACUGCUGAUGUAAAUGACCAAGCCUACUGGUACCAACUUAGCUAUGCCGACAAACCGUAUGAGGCUGCUGACAGAACAAGGGGGCGGCGAGGGGCAAGGGAAGCUUACAACAAGAACCAAUCAUCUCACCUCUCACCCCAAGGCUCAGCACCCAGACUCAGUGACAGUGACAUGUCUGAGUUUGAGGAGGGGGUUGGAGUUGUCUCAGGUCAAGGUGUGGUUGGUCGUGGAGAUGGUGCCAGCGUUAGUUCAAUAGGUAGCUCACCACCACCCCCUAAUGAUGACCUUGAGGGUGGAAGAAGCAGACGGAGGGAUAGGAUGCCAUCUCCAAUGCCCCGCAGACGUGGUCAAUCAGUGGGUUGCGUGGAUGAGUAUGAUGGAGAGAGAAAACACUUAUUAGCCCCUCAGGAUGCCGGCAAGAGAAAACAAAGGUCACCAUCUCAUGAUCCAGGGUCAGAUAGAAUCAGGUCAAGGUCACCAGGUCGUCAUAGAGACCUAGAUGUCCGGUCACUUUCCCCUCCUGACUCAAGGUCACGUUCUAGGACUCAGAGUCCAACAAGGAGCACACCAUCACCAAAGAAACGCCAGUUGCCACAGAUACCAGUGCAAUCUCAAAGCAAAGACAAAGUGACUCAAGAUCUUGAAGACCGAGCACGCAAGAUGAAAUUACGGAUGAAGAUGAAUGCCUACAAGCACGCAGCAUCGGGAGGUCCUGCUAGUGAUUCAGAGACAGGCAGAGACAGGGAACGUGUUCCACAUGGUGCACACAACAGAUUUGGCUCUCAGGGUAGACUAGACAGUGGCUCAAGAGAGAGGCUAGAUAUGCAAGGAUCACGUGACAGGCUAGACAUGCAGGGAUCUCGAGACCCUUUAGAUAUACGAGGAUCUAGAGACCCUUUAAAUGUACGGGGAUCAAGAGACCCAUUAGACUCACGGAUAUCUAGAGACCGUUUAGAUAGAAAAUCGCAACUAAGGGAUCGUGAUAGAGACCGAUUCAGUGAUCGGGAGCUGAAAAGAAUCGAGAGAGCAAGAGAUGGUGACCAUAGAAGAGGUCGGGAAGUUGAACGUGGUGACUUGGAUAGAAGACGUAGACAUAAAGAAUUCAGCCCUGAGGUACAGUCAGAUAAUGCAUUUGAAAGUGAUGCAUCCGAGGCCAGUGAUAUGUCUGAGGUCUCUAAAAUCAGCACAAUAAGUGUAAGGUCCACACAGUCUGAAAGACCACGUAGCAGCCGCAAGUUCAGUGAAUUCACAUCAAAAAUGGAGAGUAGGGGGCCUAAUCCCAAACCAAAACCUCUUAACAGAAGUUUAAGCAAUAGCGAUGUUUAUGAGAAAAAUGACGGCAGUAUGUCAGAUUCUGCUGUUAGUUCUACCAUAACGACUGACAGGAGGAAACGUCGUCCAAGUCUUGGCUACAAGGUCGCCGCCCUGGUGGGACUUUCAAGAAAAAGCAGCAGCACAUCUCAAUUGGGGCAAACAGAGAGAAAAGGUUCCAAAAAGUGGCUAAAGUUUCGUCAACGGUUUCAUACAGUUUCCGUGGUUACUGGUUUGAAGCAUAGUAAAAGCAUGACGUGUUUAGCCACUACAUCUGAUGGUGACUCGCUGACGUCACUAGAAGGAGGAAAAAAGCCAAAAAGCACAUUUCAACGAAGUGAAGAAGUCGGGGCAGCUGCUGAUAUGAGAAACAGGAUCACACGUCAGACUAGUAAAGACUCAACAGAUGGCAGCAUAGGUAGCCUUAGCAGUGACACAUCAACAAAUGCCAUGUGGCUCCCAUCAGCUAUGAGGCUAGCUCCAGAGGGUCAGUUUGGAGACUUCAUUGAAGGUCUAGGGCCUGCCCAGUUGGUUGGGCGCCAGGUGCUUGGGUCCCCCUGUCUAGGAGAGAUACAGCUAGCCCUGUAUGACAGGAAAGGUCAUUUGGAGGUCGAGGUCAUCCGGGCACGGGGGUUGAUCUCAAAACCUGGGGCAAAAAUACUUCCAGCCCCUUAUGUGAAGGUUUAUCUGAUGGAAGGUAAAACCUGUGUAGAGAAACAGAAAACCACCAUAGUUAGGCGCACAUUGGACCCCUUAUAUCAACAACAACUUGUUUUUAUGGAAUCUUAUGUAGGAAAAAUAUUACAGGUGACUGUCUGGGGAGAUUAUGGACGUAUGGACCGUAAAGUGUUUAUGGGAGUCUCUCAAAUCUUACUUGAAGACCUAGAUCUUUCUAACAUUGUCUUUGGUUGGUACAAACUAUUCUCAUCAUCCUCCCUAGUUGGCCAUCAUGGACAGAGUGGUGGCCAAGGUCAAGGUCAUGUCAGGCGACCUUCAGAUUCCUCACUAGAGGGCUCUUACAGUGGCUCAUUCAACAAAAGCUAGUGCUCCCUGGAUAUAGGGAAAUUCUUGAGUAGGUAGUUUUCAAUAUGCACUCAGUGGCAGUUGCCAGAGUGGAUAUGCUUUUCUGUUGGCUGGUUAGAUGUACUCAGUGGGCACAUAUGCAGCCUGUUAUUCAACAUGAGGAAAUGUCACAUCAUUUUCUGGAUUUCCACUCAGAAAUAUCAAAGUGAGUUGAUAAAGAUGAGAAAGUUUAAAACCAAGUUGAAACUUUGUGUUACUACUUACUAUAAAGGUCUCAACUUUAUAGUUGUAUAUUAAGUACAUGUAUAUUGAUCAUUUGGCAGUAAUGUAAAUAUAUACACCACUUAAAUACUCAUGAAAGAUCCUUGGAGGACAUACCAUUAUGUGAGGAUAUCAUAUAGGAGGACUUUCAAUAAUGUGAGGAUACCACCAUAUUAGAGGAGGCUAUCGCUGUAUAAGAAAUGUGAGGAUACCAUAUUGACUGACGUAACAUUAUGUGAGGAUACAAUACUGAUGGAUAUAAUGUUAUGUGAGGAUAUCAUACUGGUGGAUAUAACAUUAUGUGAGGAU